CAGUCCCCGCAGUGCGCGCGCGACCCGGCGGCGGGACAGGCUUGCUGCUUCCUCCUCCUCGGCCUCUCGAUUCUAGACCACAACCGAAACAAUGGUUGACCUUUCCCAGCUAACGGACGAUGAAGUGUUCAGGGCUUUUGCCUCCUAUGCAACAAUUAUUCUUUCAAAAAUGAUGCUUAUGAGCGCUGCGACUGCGUUCUAUAGAAUGACGAGAAAGGUUUUUGCCAACCCAGAAGACUGUGCAACAUUUGGCAAGGGAGAAAACGCCAAGAAGUUUCUUCGAACAGAUGACAGAGUAGAACGCGUACGCAGGGCACAGGAGUUCUUAGGCCCAGAGAGGCAGAUUCAGAAGAACCUAAAUAUGAGUGAGACUGAAGUGGAAAUGAGAAUGGCAGGAAAUGCAUGGAAACAGACCUGUAACUGUCCCAUGGCCUGGUUGUCCAAAUCCCAGAGAUUAGUCCAUUCUCCUGCUGUGGUCCAGCUGCCCUGGAAGCUAAGUCAUAAGAGAAGCUGCUGCUGGUUCUCCCUACGGCACCACUGCUAAAGUUCCCAGAGUCACUCCACGUCCCAGUGUUCUGCACGGUGCCGUGUGUUGUGUGUGGCAAAACAGCAUGUUAGAUGGGUGUGGGUUUAGACCAAAGAGAGUUAUAGGAAUCAAAUAUUAAAUGGGAUAAGACUAAGAUAAUCUGACACAUCCAUUAUUCAUUUCAAGACGGAGAUAAUCUCUUCCAUGAAACUAAAAACCUCAGUCUGUUGGCCACAGAACCCCACAUCCAAUUCAUCUUUACACUUGGAAUGAGUGUGCAGCUGGGACUGGCAAGGCCAAGUCUGCUGACAGAGGACCCUCACCACUGUGGGUGCUUGGAUAGGUAUAGUCAACGCUUAUCUUUGUAUCUGUUUUUUCCAAUUUCCUGGGCUAUCCAAUCACUCUUCUGACCAACACAGUCUCCCUUUCGCUAUAUUAAAACACAAAGAGGCUACUUCUUGGAUCUUACCAAGCAGGAAGUGACUUGGCAUAUCUAUUCUGUAUUUAGCUAGGAGGUUAACGAUCAAAGAUAAUUGCACAAGCUGUGAUCCCUGGUUACUAGGGAGACCUCUCAAAACCCAUAAGCACUGCUGACUGCUACUUUCCCGAUGCAGCAUUCCAUGACUCAAAGGCCAGACGUUUUGCUAGGCAGUGAGGAGAAGGGCACGGACUUUCUGACACCCAAAGUAUUCCAUUUUAAUGCAGUAAGACCUAGUACUAGGGAAUUCUGAUGGGGUCUGUAAACCAUUCACCUGAGGGCUCUACCUUAUAAAUAAAGAAACAAAAAAAAGAAGUUUUUUUUAUGCAAAAAAAAAGAGUUGCAUAGUUGCACCGCACUGAUUCUUCAUGGAGGCAGAUGGUGAGAAGUGAGGCAAUCUGCCUUGGGAGUCUUUACAAUCCAUUUAGAAACAGCAGCACAAAAAUCCUAUGAUCGUCUCCCCCCCCACCGCCGGCCUGAAAUGUCAGCCCUGUGGGAAGCUGAUAGGUGUUCCCGCCAUCAGCCAAAGCAGCACCUCUACAUUCAUACCUUUCAGGGUACUUUAUUCGCUAUAUAUUCUAGGUAAACUGUUGGAUUUGACAAGAGGAGUUGUCGAAGGCAGACUACUGGGAAGGGGCUGUGUUGGGUUGAAUUUGGCACCAAUCUCUCAUACUUGACAGCUCAUGUACAAGAUUGUGGAUGAGCUAUAGGACCUAGGAGCCUCCUCAGUCAGCAAGCGUAGGCCCUAAGUCACAUUUAAUUCAGAAAGCCCUGACAGCCCUGCAUAAAAUGUGAGCCAUAAAAUGGAGAGCUAGGAGCUGUGCGCAGGAGAAGACCAUUUACGUGAUUUCCUUUCACUGAAGUUUUGGAGAAUAUGAACCAGGACAAUAUAGACUGAUACACCACGAAGAGAUCUGUAUUAGUAAGUUCGAGAAAAUAAUCCAAAUAAUCCAAACUUUAAGCCAGACAUAAUUUUUAAUGACCCCAAACUAAGAGGGACAUCCGAGGAGAGUUAGAAGCUGCCUAAAGUUCUUAGUCUUUUAGCCUAAGUCAUACGUAUCUGUACUUACAUCUUUAAAGAAGCAAAACCACCAAACAUAAAGAGCAUAGUGAAGGAUCGAAGCAGUGUGGUAUAGUGAAUAGCUACUGGAUUUGAAAAACACCUAUAUCUGAGUCUUGGGGCUUUCUGGCUGCCUGAGAUAACAACUGAGGCUUUGUGUCCCAUCCUUAAUUCUAAAGUAGCAAAAUUAACACUUUACCUACUGUAUUAAUAGCCACAACAACUUUGCAUGAUAAAUCAUCCUGUGACUCAGUGGCUUUGUUAGUGAUUCUGCAGGGCGGAGCUCAUCUUGAUCGGGUUCGCUCGUGUGUCUGCUGUAAGUUACAGGUCAGCCAGGCGGUCCUGUUGAAUGCGUGCCUGGGUUCUCUAAGGAAUCUGGAAAUUGGGUGAAACUUGGCUGAUUCAGAAAGAUCUCAACUAGGAUUACUCGAGCAACGCAACUCUAUCCCAUGUGUGUUAUCCGCUAGUACAGGGCUCAGCAAACUACGGACUGCGGGCCAAAUCCAGCCCAGGAGCUGUUUUUAUAAAUAAUGCUUUAUUGGAACACCGCAGUACUUACUUAUUUUUAUGCUUCCUGUAACUGCUUUUGUGUCACAAUGGCAGAGUGGGGAAGUUGAAUUGUUGCCGUGGAGACCACACGGCUCACAAAACCAAAAAUAUUUACUCUCUGGUCUUUUACGGAAAGUUUUCUGAUUCUUGCUCCUGUAGGUCAGCCUGACUGUGUUAUCAGGGCAUAGGAGCAAGAGAGGAAAUGGAACUAUGUAAGCCUCCUUUCAAGAUUCUGCAUGCAUCACAUCCACAAACAUGCCCUUGGCCAAAGAAAGUCACAGGGCUGGCCUCAGAAUUACAGGGCCGGGAAAUAGUCUCAACCUCCUCAGGGACAUGAAAGCCUCAUAGCACAGGAGCAUGGCUGCACAGAGUGAUGAAGAUUUCGGCCAUUUAUACAGUCAGUCUAUUACACCUGUCCACUUUGUGAUCCUACUACAGUUUCAAUUCAGAAACACGUAACAGCACUAUAUAAACGUUACGGCAUUAUGCAGUUGAAACAGCAUUUAUUCUAACGUGUCGUGAUUUUAUCAGAUUAGCGGUAAUUUGUGUUAUACUCAGUAUGAGAGCAAUAGUUACAAACUAAGUAGAAGAUGCACUAAAGGUUUCUGAACUUGGCCUUGUCCCUCUCAUUUGCGACGUGCUGCCUCAGGAAGACAGAUGGAACGAGGAACAAAUAUUUGGACAGCCUUAUCACCUCUAUAACCAAGUUGGUUCCCAAACUGUGCCCAGUCUGUCUCUUGAAAUUAUAAUAUGCACCCUGCUCUCAACCAAGUGUUUCAUCAAAUGUAAUCGGUUUCUGACUAUUGGCAUAUUAAAUGUAGACCAGAGAAUAUUGCUCUCCCAAACAUACAAUUUCUGUGUCGGUGUUUGCCGAAAUAAUUGUAUAUUAUCUUCAAUAUUAUGGGUUGUAUUAAUCAUGACAAUAAGGCUGUGCUAAGUUCUUGUUUGGGCUGCCCAGUUUAUGACUUGAUAGCUAAAGGAAUAUAAUUUACUUUCUCUUUGUGGCUCAUCUUUCAUGACAAUAGAGUUAGACACUGGAUCCUAGAAUUGAUUCUAGUAAUAGUUUUGCCACUGAUACACAUGGGACACCCUGGCAAGUCACCUACUUACGCUCUAUUCAUUUCUUCACAUUUAAAAUGAAUAUGUUGCUUUUGAAAUACCCCGUGACUCUAAACAUUCUAUUUACUCUGGAGGCAGGUGUGGGUCUACUCUUUUUCCAGUGAUAAAAUAUGAAUAUCAAGAUGUGGAAAUAAUUAUAGCAGAGAGCUUAUAGCCUCUAUUAAUGAGGUCAAGCUCAAUUUGAGUUAAAUAGCAUUUUGUGGGUUUAGUGUCUCAGAAUAAUAAUCUUUAAAUUAAUUUUCUCUGAAUCACCAACAUGAUGUCACCAGAACGAAAUGAUUGUAGCUUUUCAGAAAAAUUCAAUAAAUGCAUUGAAUUACCUCCA